UCUCUCUCUCUCUCUAACAUAUCCUCCGAACGAAGCAAAGACGUGUACAUGCACACAAGGCGUGCUCUUUCCUGCCUGAUGUGGGAGAUCCUUCGGAGCUCCGUGCAGUCCCAUAACAACGUGCCCAACUGUGAUAUUUAUAAGUGAUAUAAUCCUCGCUCUCUCCCUGCUCGGCUCACCGUUCACUUACUUCUUAAAUCUUCCUUCUCUCCAUUUUUGCGCUUGUUUGUUUGUUUGCUUGUUUUAAUCCAACUUUUGUUUCAAUCUUCAUUAUUUACCUUUGUUGUCGUUAUCUGCGCUCGACUUCGUGACUUCGUCCGCUCGCUCCUUCCAAGCAGAUACGCAGCGCACGCUGAAUUAUUUUCUUCUUGGGAAAACGGAUAUUGCUCGGUGAUACUAAAUGUCCACGUAUCGGCUGAGCAGUUUGGCGACUCUUGCCCUCCUGGGUCUGAUCGUCGGGCAAUUAGCGAUCGCCCAAUCGGACAUCUAUCAAUAUGAGGAGAAGCGCCAGGGCGCCUCGAAAUACUGCGGCAAGCAUCUCUCCAACAUGCUACAGCUCGUUUGCCAUGGCCUUUACAACUCGAUGUUUAAGAAGAGCGGCCAAGAGAUGGAGAUGGAGGACUAUCCGUUCGCCUACGAGGAUUCGUACCCGUUCAGGUCGCGGGCGAGCGCCAACGCGAUGCUGGGUCGAUUCGGCGGUAGCCGCUUCCGGCGCAACACCCGGGGCGUGCACGACGAGUGCAACAUUGGCGAAUCUAGCGGCACCGCUCGGCACUUGAACGGCACUGUGUAA